AUGCAAAUUAGUUUGGUAGAGAACUAGUCACGUUGUUUACGUGUAACAUAUAGUUUGCUUCAUUAGUUUGUGUUGUUUAAAUAACUUUCUAUCAACGUUUUGCAGUUGCACGGUGUGGGAAGUGUCAGCAGCGGAAAGUUUCGAAGUGGAUUCCUAUCGCGAUCUUCAAGUCGCGAAUGUCUUACUUAGAUCUAACUUAGUUUAAACUUUUGAUCAGUACUCACAGUAUCAACAAUGUCAAACUCUGAAAUAAUAACCUUUGAAGACCUAGAGGCGACAGAUGUGAUCAGUGUGGAGCUGGUCCCCGAGCGUAAAGGUCUCAUUCUGAAGCACUGUGAAUACUAUGUCAGCUCCCGGAGACAUGGCACCACUGUGACGAGGAGAUACAACGAGUUUGUACAGCUGUAUGAUGUGCUCUACGCCAAAUAUCCGUACCGUGCCGUAUGCCGCUUGCCCCCAAAACGCGUAGUCGUCAAUGGCGGCAGCCCCCUUUUCCUCCAACGGCGCCGCGCCGCCCUCCAAAGAUGGUUGACACUCAUGGCAAGACACCCCGUAUUGGCCCACGAUGCCGACUUAAGAACGUUCCUGUGCGAGGCAAACUCGAGACUUGAGAAGCCUAAACACGACGAGUUUACGUUGGCAGGAACACAAGAAAGCAGCUCUAGAGACAUGACUACAGAAGAGAUGCAGGCAACUUUCGUGUCGAGCCAAGAGCAACUGCGACUGAUACAACUGGGCUUAGACAGGCUCUUCCAAAUUUUCGAGAGAGCGGAGAGUCGCUGUGAAGCAGAAAAGGCGGAUAUAAGAGAACUCGGAGCUGGGUUGAACGCGCUUUCCGCUACCAAUGUCUCCGACACCGCCCGCUGGUCGCCCGUGCGCGAAGCGCUUAAAGUCGCUGCCGAACUGGCGGUUGAGAUGGGCGAAAAUACAACAGAAAACACAGACUUCACAGAAGAUGGUAUUGGAGGGAGGCUACUGUUGGCUCUAGAUGCUUUAGGGGCUUACAGGGAACUGUGCGGGCGCCUGACUCGGGGCCUGCACGCCGAGCGGGCCGCGGCGGCCGCGCAGCACAAGCACUCGGCCGCGAGCCAGCUGCUGCGCGAGCGACACCGGUACGCGCUCUGCUGCGCCACGCAGGAAGCGCUCCUGUCUCGUGCCUACGCACUAGCUGCUGUCGAAUCUCUUCCGUCUCUCUUCCGCACGCAAGGCGCGACGCACGCGCGCGUCGCCACUCUUUGGGCGGACCUGCAUACAGCGCUCCGACACGCCGCCAAACCGAAAUAGACCUUAAUACAGAGGUAUACAGUUAAAAAUUAGAAUGCUAGCUCGAAGAUAAUAAUUAGAAUCUAAGGCCAACCACAAUUAGCAGACUGAUCAACGUCACUCAACAGUGAACUAUGAAACUUCCCAUACAAUAAAAUUUAGCGAACGCUUUAACAGUAACAGACGGUUUGGUGCAACCGUUGAGAAUAGCGGUCAGAUUUUAUCAUCGUACUUCGUAUUUGUCUACGUGGCGUGUCUCAAUCGUAAGUCGCAAUCUCUUUUAGUCGUACGGUCACAGAAUAAAUAAUAGUACUAGGUACAGAAGACUCACUCUCUAACAAAACGCGUCUGUUACGAUCAGGACAGAUAUGGCCGCUAGGUGGCGACAGCGCCACGCGCGGCUUAUGGCUAGCCACCAAAAUUGGUGUGGAACGGAUGUACUUUUAGCUACCUGUAGUAAAGCGACGAAAGCGCGGAGUGAGCCACGCCUGGUACGGUGUUAAAAAGUGACAUAUAUUUUAUUAAGCGUAUCUAGAUAACGCCAUACAACAUACACCUGCAGGCGUAGUAAGACAUGAAAACUAUGUGACAAGCCGAGUCUGUGUGGCAGUGGUAGGGAAUGCAAACCGGUUUUUAAUUGUAUAGAAAAACCGGAUAUUAACCGAAAUUUCAUACAAAUAAAAACCGGUUUGCAUUCCCUACUCACAGUAGUCAUAAAUAAUCUAACAGAUGGUGCUAUACGUAAUUUACCAUCUCCGACACGGCCAUCCCCACAUUGUCCGCGUCCCUGAGUAUGUUCUCUUCGAAAAUAUACUAAUACGCCUUUACUACCUUAUUUGUACGACUCUAAUUAGCGUUGGGAGAAUCUCAUCCGUGCCUGUAAAUAGUGUAAAACAUUGAAUUAAAUGAAUGUUGCAAAUUAAACGCCGACGGUGUCGGACGUAAUUGUUAGUUAUUUUAUUAACUUUACUAUAUAGAUAUACAUUUUUAUUCGGGUAUAUUACAUCAUUUAAAUAAAGAUUAUGUAUAUGUAAAUAUGAUUGUUGACAAUAAUUGUUAUAUUCGUAUAAUUAUUUACCAAAUAAUAUUUUUUGUAAAUAAAUCAAAUGAAAUCAAGUGUCUUCCAAAUCGAUAAUUUUACAUAUCUAAUAUGCAAAUAAUAUUUUGAUUUUUUUUACCAUUUAUAGUUAAUUUUUCGUACAUUUUAAGCAAAAUAAGGUUUUGGGGAUUUUAUUAAAGAGUUAGGUAGAUAAGUGAGUAAAGUUUGUUCUUAAUGCAAGAUCAUAAUAUGAUAUUCUUGUUACAUUUAAAUAAUAACAUUAAUUUUAAAUUAUUUGAAGUGAAAAGUGGACCAAAAUUAUAUAUUUUACCUGUGAUAUUGUGUACCCAUAUCUUUUCGUAAUUGUUUCUAUUAUAGUGUCUAAGAAAAUUUAAAAUUAAAUUAAAAUAUUGCUGUAUUUGUAUAAACUAUAUCUAGAUAUUAUUACUUUAUUUGUACGAGAGUUAAUGUUAUUAUGUUUUGUUGAAGUUUCUGUAUAUUGAGUACUUUUUAGACAAAAUAUAUUAUUAUUAUAAAUUAUUUA